GAGCGGGCCGCCAGCCACGGACGCACACACCGACAGAGAGAGGCAGAGAAGCGAACGCACGCAAAAACCUGUUUCUUGGUAUGAAGAAAAGCAGAGGCCGGGCAGGUCGCAGGAGAAGAAGAAAGCACUGGAAGGGCUGUAUGGAUGGAGUCAACUGCAGUCACAAGCUGGAAUACAUUAAACUUAAGAAGUGGCUGAAAGACAGAGGAUUUGAAGACACUAAUUUAAGGCCAGCAGAGUUUUGGGAUACAGGAAGAGGACUGAUGACAACAAAAGCACUUCAGGCAGGGGAUCUGAUUAUUUCAUUGCCUGAGAAAUGCUUACUCACCACAGACACUGUCCUUAGUAGCUACUUGGGAGAAUACAUUAUGAAAUGGAAGCCUCCUGUAUCUCCUUUGGUAGCACUGUGCACAUUUUUAAUAGCAGAGAAGCAUGCUGGUGAGAAGUCUCUGUGGAAGUCGUAUCUGGAUGUGUUACCCAAGGCAUACACUUGUCCUGUUUGUAUGGAGCAUGAUGUAGUCAGCCUGCUUCCAGAACCACUCAGAAAGAAGGCUCAGGAGCAGAGAACAACAGUCCACGAGUUGUACACAUCUUCCAAGGCUUUUUUCUCUUCCCUGCAGCCUUUGUUUGCUGAGAACACAGGAACUAUUUUUAACUACAGUGCUCUAGAGUGGGCUUGGUGCACUAUUAAUACCAGGACAAUAUACAUGAAACAUUCACAGAGGAAGUGUUUUUCUUUUGAGCCAGAUGUUUAUGCAUUGGCACCAUAUUUAGAUUUGCUAAACCACAGUCCAAAUGUUCAGGUAAAGGCUGCAUUUAAUGACCAGAGAAGAAGCUAUGAGAUUUGGACAAAUUCACAAUGCAAAAAGUAUGAAGAAGUAUUUAUCUGCUAUGGGCCCCAUGAUAAUCAGAAACUGCUACUAGAAUAUGGAUUUGUUGCCGUUGAUAACCCACACAGCAGUGUUUAUGUCUCAUCAGAUACUCUCCUCAAGUAUUUUACACCACUGGACAAGCAGAGACAUGCAAAAAUUUCCAUUCUAAAGGAUCAUGGUUUCUUAGAAAACCUGACCUUUGGAUGGGAUGGACCAUCUUGGAGACUCCUCACAGCCCUCAAGCUGUUAAGUCUUGGAGCAGAUGAAUUUACUUGCUGGAGGAGAACGCUGCUUGGUGAUGUAAUUUCAGCCAGAAAUGAACAACAGACUUUGAGUGUAACAGAAAAAAUAUGCCAUUUUUUAAUAGAGGAGACACAGCAUGUCCUUCUCCAGAUUUCCCAGUUGAAAAGGAAUAAAGAGAACCUCAAAAACCAGCUGGCUUUAGUAGAAGCACUUCGCUUGGAAGAUCUGAAGAUACUGCAAAAAUCAGCUGAGAUUCUUUGCAAUAUGAAUAUCUCAACAGCUUGACCCAUCUGGAGCUGUGAUAGCUGUGGUUGAUUGCAUCUCAUGUGCCAUGGAUAUGCCUUGCUCAACUAUUUUAAUGGACGUGAGCAGCAAAGAAUAAUGUGAAAAGUGAUCAGAAUAUGACUGGUUUUGUUCACAUUGUCACACAGGACCCUGAGUCUUACUUAGCCAUUUACUUAGUUAUUUGCUUCUUUCAUGCUUCUUCAAUAGCAUGAAAGGUUUGCCCAAAUGGUGGGGGUCAGCACAGGUAGGUUUCAUCACACCUCAUCCAAAGUACAGCUGCUGUAACCAGAACAGCUUUUGGGGUAAUUUGUGCAGCCCUAGGGUUCUGUGCUUCAGCAAUCCUAGACUUUGUAGCUGCAUGUGUUGCCUUUGAGUAUCAGUUCCACCUAGGAACCUGAGUUUGAGCUCCCCAUGUAGUUACAAGAAGAGGGAGACUUCUUCAAAGGGCAUUUCAGGGCAGGACCCUUAUUUAAGAUCUAUGAACUUCAUUUAUAAUAGUGGUUGUAUUGUGAUUAUUUUCCGUUUUGUGGGCUUCGCAUUUCAUAGCAUUUUUUAAGAACUGUGUUUUUAAAGUAUUUAUUUUUGUAAAUGUAUUGGAUCAUUUUCUACAAGACCUCUAUUU